UCACGCACCCAUUGGCUCAGCUGUCUGCCAAAGACUUGAUUGGCCAGUGAUGAGGUGGGUUUGAGGAAUAGCUUUGUGUGAUAUGGCCUUUCAACGUCGUCCCUUUCAACAGACUGAGACGCAUUCCUCCCAGACAUCGAAGCCACAGAGAGGAACGUAUUGAUCCGUUUUAUUCCCGCUGGGGAGUUUCACACUAAUUUCAUCAGCUGCUGAUUUAACGUUGGAGUUAUGACACUGAAUACGGAGAAGGUGAAUGGUGGAAUGGACUUUAUUGACCUCCUGAUCAGGAACACGGAGGAAACCACCGGUCGCCACAGCAACCCAGCAUGUACCAUCACAAUUCAUGAAGCCCUGAGCCCCGGAGGAAGUGCUGUCGUUGACUUCCUGGACGCCCUGCUGGGUGGGAGCGACUCCUCCUCUGCCUCAGCAUCCUCCCUGUGGUCCCCCUGCACCACUGACAGCGGCAUCAACGAGGACGCGCCGGCGGCCCCCGGAGAGAGACUCCGCCCACCCGUCUGCUCAGUUUUUCCCGCCUUUGACACUCAGUCUUUCCCUGGGCCUCAGCCUCCAGAGAGCCACUCGCCGCCGCGUGAAGGGACUUCUGACGUUUCAAUUGAUCUAGGUUGGGAGUCCGAUGACCUCCAAGAGCCUUUUGGCAUCAUCCACUACCAGACUACGAGUCAAACGUCCACUCAAACUCUCACAGUGAAGGACCUGCUGCUCUCCAGUCCGGGACAGAAAGCGCAGCGACUUGCCCAGUAUUCUCCAGAGGAACUUGUCCUUAAUGAGGAUGAGAAGAAGCUCCUGGUUAAAGAAGGGGUGAACUUACCCAGCAAACUGCCCCUGUCCAAGUUUGAAGAAAGGCUUUUGAAGAAGAUCCGGCGAAAAAUCCGCAACAAGCACUCGGCUCAAGAAAGCCGGAAGAAGAAGAGGGAAUACGUUGAUAGUUUGGAGGAAAGGAUGUCUGCAUGCGGAGCUCACAACCUCAAGCUGCAGAGAAAGAUCCAGCAGCUGGAGCAGACAAACAAUGAUCUCCUGGAGCAGCUGAGCCGGCUCCAGGCUCUCCUUCCUAACAGCUCCAGCAAAACAACGCACAGAGGGACCUGCCUCCUGAUUUUGCUCCUGUCUUUCUCCCUGCUCAUCUCUGCAAAUCUUCAGCCGGACCCCUACAGCCAACCCAUCCAGGGAGAGUACACACAGACCAAAGUGCCGUCCCGCGCCCUGCAGUCGAUGGAUGAAGUGCGAGAUGCCGCUCCUGUUCCUCUCUUCUCCAUCUCCAGAGGCUUUGAGGCUCUCAGCAGGUUGAAGGAGAAGCUCUGACCCUGAGCAUAUUUCCACGUGCUAGACUUCCCAUCCCCUCGCCCUCGGGAUCGCACAAGAGGAAAGACGUCGCAAAGGAAAGGCGCAGAAUCCAAAUGAGCAACGUGUGCUUCUGUCUGCAGACUGAGUGAAGUCUUCAGGUGUGUUUCACUCCCUCUGAUGGAGGUCAGCCAGGAGGUCAUCCAAACUUCUGUCAUGGUCCAUGUUGCUUUGGAAAACACAGCCUCAGGGUCCUGGUGGAGCAUGUAUCCUAUAAAUGCUGCAGGAUGGAGAUCUGCUCAACGACAAAUGUAUACAUACUGCUGUAUUUUACUAUUUACUUUUAAACUGUAUGUUAGAAAAUGUUUAGCAAAAAAUGUGCACUUUGUAGCACUUUAGUUUAAAAUGCUGACAAAGCACAAGAGAUUUAAAAUGCUGACUGAGUGGUUUUUGGAGGAGCCCCUGAAAGGAUCUGUUUCCUUCAGUGAUGCCAUAUGUCAAGUUUAGAUGAGAUUUCCAUCGCAAAAAUAAUGAGGCAAUAUGUAAAAAAAUAGCUUUAUUAGCAAGAACUGCUGUAAGACUGUCACUUUAAGGUAAAAAAAAAAGAAGUCAGAAUACGCUUCAAAUCCAUGGAAGCUGUUAAUGUGGAUCUCAAUUAAAAAAUAUUGGAUGUCGUAUUUCUAUUUUUGAACUAAUAUAUUUUUUAUUUUAUCUGUGGAAAUAUAAUCAUUGGCUGGUCAUUAUGUUAUGGCCUGAUUUCCAGUGCGGCCAAAGAAAAUUGUCUGACUGAAACUGCCGCCUGUUACAUGGAGUCCAUCCAUUAAAACGACAACAACUCACCAGUUAAUAUUGUCUCUGGUUUGCUGCUGCUGCACAUACUCAUUUACACAACAUAAUGUUCUCGGUCCAGAAUAUUCAUUGCUUUCUUCUUCAUCUC